CUGAGUGUACGGCAUUUUAUCAAAUAUUAUAAAGUUGUUAGUAUUAACAACCUAGUAGCUGUUAGUCAACUGCGUAAUUGAUGGAGCAGUGCAGAGGAUAAGAAGGUUAAAUCCAUUGGAAUUUAGACCCUAGUGUUUGGGAACCUCAGGGAACUUCUGAACAUAAUGGUUCGACUCCAUGUCUUCUGGGCUUCUGCUGGGCUGUUGAUUGUCCAGGCAUUGAUCAUUCUUUACUGGUGCCAGAGGCAAAACACUCCCGCCUGGAAACCUGUGAUGCCAAGCCAUUCCGGUUCCCUGCAGCUCACCCAUCCCACCCACAGUCGCCUAAGCAUGUUACAGAUCCAAGAGGAGAGGAAACUGAGAAUUCGUGAAGUUUGUGCAGAUCCCGGCAUUACUUUCCCAGGGAAAACCUGGUCUUACGAUGACAUUCCGGAGAGAGAGUUUCAAACUUUCUUUGCAAUCGACCAGAGGAAGAUCGCUUACUGUGCAGUUGCCAAAGUCGCUUGCACCAACUGGAAGCGAGUCCUUGCAGCCCUCAACGUGCACAAAGAUCCCAAUAAAGUUUCCACCGGCUUCGGGCAUUCUUACUUUGACAAAUGGAAAAAAGGCAAACAUCUCAGUAGCUUCAUGAAGCCUCGCCUCAAAUCGUACAGGUCGUUUUUGUUCAUCCGCCACCCAUUUGUGCGACUGAUUUCUCUGUUCCGAAAUAAGUUCGAGUCACCCAAUUCGUACCUCUUUAACUACGCCGUCAAAAUGGUUAUGUUAUACAACAACGUCUCCCAGGCCCCAGAGAGCAGUGAGAAAAUGUUUGCGGAUGGAAUCAAUCCAACUUUCACUCACUUCAUUCAGUACUUGUUGGACCCAAAGAAUGAGAGAGGAUUUACUAACAUCCACUGGCGACCGUUUCACCAAACCUGUCACCCUUGUCAGAUAGACUACGACUUCAUUGGAAAGAUGGAGACUAUGGAUGAGGACAACAGUUAUUUACUUAACUUUCUAAACAUUGAAACGAUUUUCCACUUCCCAUCAAAAUAUACUAAUCAGAGCACCACUGCCCUCAUAAACAAAUAUUUUGCUACUGUGCCAAUAAGUUGGAGGAAAAAGCUCUAUCUACUUUACGAACCAGAUUUUCUACUCUUUGGGUAUCCAAAACCCAACUACCUGUUUGAUGAGGGAGAAUAACACAGAUAUAGGUGUUAUAAUCCUUAACCUCUUUGAUAGAGAGACUAUAACCUCCGCAACAUCGUCCGGCUCCACCACUGUCUCA